AUGGCAGAAUCAAUUGUGGCUGGUAUCGAAACCGAUGUCCAAUCUGAUGUCAGAGCUGAGGUCAAAGAAGUUGUUGAAGAAAUAAAGGAAAUCUUUAAAGAAUUGUUCCCAACUAAACAUGUUUUUCGAGAUGGUGCUCAACCUUCAGAAAUUUUAAAAUUCGAGUCAGAAACUGAAAUCAAACUCCCUGAUGACGUUGCAUGUUAUUUCGAGCUGGUGAAUGGUCAACACUAUGUCAACGGCUUAUUGGCUGCUUUUUUCAAUAUUUGGAUGUUGGGCCUGGACGAAAUCAGAACUAGUUUUAAGAUGGAGCUCGAUUUUAUUCACGAUAACUUUGAAUGUUUUGACCAAGGGGCCAUCCCAAAAGACGCUGUCAGAACAACUUAUUGCGAUAAUCAAAUUUUCCUUGCUCUAGCUAAUGAUAAUGCUGGGAAUUAUAUGGGUGUUGAUUUAAAUCCAGGACCUAACGGUAAAAUAGGUCAAGUAGUUAUGUGGGAGAGAAGACAAGUUCUACACAAUUGA